ACAAGCUGUGUUUGGGUGGAACUUGAUGCCGGCGCAAGCCGGACGCUGAAGCGGAUCUGCAGACUUCUGGAAGUUGGGAUCCCUCUUAGGUGGAGCCCCGGUGAUGGAGAACAGGUCGGUCCUCGGGGCCCUGCGGCCUGUCCGGCUCAUGCGGCUCCCGCUGUUGCUCGUCAUCCUCCUGCUGGCUGCGGCGCCCGCUGAAGGAGUGUCGGACUACUACGACCUGCUGGGGAUCAGCAGAGACGCCACCACCAGAGAGAUUCGGCAGGCGUUCAAGAAGCUGGCGCUCACCAUGCACCCCGACAAAAACCCGGGUGACCCGUCAGCUCAUGAAAAGUUCCUGAAGGUGAACCGUGCUUAUGAAGUUCUCAAAGAUGAAGAUCUGAGGAAAAAGUACGAUAAGUAUGGAGAAAAGGGUCUGGAUGACCAGCAGGGAGGACGCUAUGAGAGCUGGAACUAUUACAGAUACGACUUUGGUAUCUAUGAUGAUGAUUUGGAAAUCAUCACCCUGGACAGCGGAGACUUUGAAGCGGCAGUAAACUCUGGAGAACUCUGGUUUGUCAACUUCUACUCUCCACGCUGCUCACACUGUCACCAGCUGGCUCCUACGUGGAGGGAGUUCGCCAAAGAAAUGGAUGGAGUGAUCCGGAUUGGUGCAGUAAACUGCGGAGACAACAACCACCUCUGCAGGAGGAAAGGCGUCACCAGCUACCCAAGCCUGUACAUUUACAGAGCAGGACAGAGACCAGAGAAGUUUAAUGGAGAGCGCACCAGAGACGAUCUGGUUGGUUUUGCCAUGCAGUUCAUCACCACCACCGUCACUCAGCUCUGGCAGGGGAACGUCUUCACUGAGAUUGAGAAGUCGUUUUUGUCAGGGCUGGGCUGGCUGAUCACCUUCUGCUCUGACACAGGAGAUUGUCUGGAGCCAAGAACAAGACAGAAGCUGGCAGGAAUGCUGGAAGGUCUGGUGAAGAUGGGAUGGAUAGACUGCACCGUACAGCCACAGCUCUGUGACAGUUUCCAGGUGGUGAGUGGAGCGACAGCCUUUUUCCCCCCUGGAAGCUCUCUGGAUAAAGAAGGCAGUGUACUGUGGAUCAAGACUCUCGACAGUAAAGAGAUCUACAACCAGGUCCUAAACCAUCUACCAGAUCUGAAGCUGCUGACUGCAGAGAGUUUUGAGGAGAAACUGGCCCAUCACCGCUGGCUAAUCAGCUUCACAUUUAGAGACAGAAGUUCCACCACAAAUGAGUACAAGAAGCUCCAAGCGUUUCUGCGAAAUGACCACAUACAGAUCGGCAGAGUGGACUGUGUCGCCGACUCAGAGUUGUGUCAUUCUCUCUACAUCCACAAACCCUGUGUGGCUGUUUUCAAAGGUCUGGGGAUCCACGACUUUGAGAUCCACCAUGGUAAAGAUGUGUUGUACAACAUCGCAGCCUUUGCAAAGGACAGCGUUCGUGCCCAUGUGACGACCCUGAGGCCGGACAACUUCCCCUCUGACAGGAAGGAACCCUGGCUGGUGGAUUUCUUUGCUCCGUGGUGUCCCCCAUGCCGGGCCCUGCUGCCCGAGCUGAGAAAAGCCUCAAUCCAGCUGGCCGGACAGAUAAAGUUUGGUACUCUGGACUGCACCAUCCACCACAACCUCUGCUCCACGUACAACAUCCAGGCUUACCCCACCACAGUCAUCUUUAAUGGCUCCUCUGUUCACGAGUAUGAAGGCCAUCAUUCUGCUGACGGCAUCCUGGAGUUCAUACAGGACCUGGUCAGCCCAUCUGUUCUGGCACUCGAUCCUUCCAGCUUCAAAGAGAGGGUAAAAGGUAGAGACGAGGGGCAGACCUGGGCGGUGGAUUUCUACGCCCCCUGGUGCGGUCCCUGUCAAGCCUUGAUGCCGGAGUGGAGGCGCAUGGCUCGGCUGGUUGCCGGUCAGAUCCUGGUUGGUUCAGUCGACUGCCAGCGCUUUCAGACCUUCUGCCAGAGUCAGGGUGUGAGGGGGUACCCGGAAAUCCGCCUGUAUCCCGGCAACACUCUGCAGCCAAACCGCUACAUGUCCUACAAUGGCUGGCAUAGAGACGCACACUCGCUCAGAGCCUGGGCUCUCAGUUCUUUACCCAGAGCCUCAGUGGAUCUGAAUCCAGAAACCUUUAGAUCGAAGGUUCUGUCCGGCCAGCACCACUGGGUUCUGGAUUUCUACGCCCCCUGGUGUGGACCCUGCCAGCACUUUGCCCCAGAGUUUGAGGUUCUGGCCCGGAUGCUCAAAGGGGAGGUCCGGGCAGGAAAGGUGGACUGUCAGGCUCAUUAUCAGACCUGCCAAUCAGCUGGAAUCACAGCUUACCCAACUGUUAAAUUCUACCCUUACCUGGGAUCACAGAAGAGGCAGCAUCAGCCGAGUGGAGAGCCCAUCAACAGCCGGGACGCUAAUACCAUUUCUGACAUCAUCAGACAGCGACUAAAACAGCUGGCCCCACGCUUGCACAGCACACCAAAGGAUGAGCUCUGACAGAGGUGGCGUGGUGAGGCUGAACUGCAGCCUGAUUGGUCGGAGAGGAGUGCCUGUGAUCAGUCAGCGCUCUCAUGUGCACAGACAGACUGUCAGCCGCUGUGCUCUUCAUCGUGAUGAACACUCCUGCCUUGAUUUCUUUGGUUUCUUCUGGUCUCCAUUGUUUGUAUUUACUCCAUGAAGUAAAGCUGUGGGACACUGAGGGUUACUGUAGGUUACUGAUGCAGACAGAUGUAAAUCCAUCACACUGUGCUUUAUUUUUAGCAUUGGAACAGGAUAAAAACGGUGUUUCUGUUGAAAAAAAAUGUUUCACUUUUACUGCUUCUACUGCAUUUUUCAAGUCACUAAGAAAACUACAAGAUUCUGUCCAAAGAAAGUUACUGGCAACUGUUAUUUUCAUUUCAACUGAGUUUAUAUUUGGCAUUAUAGCUAACACACCAGACUUUCUAAACAUCCAUGUUCAUUUUGGGGUUUGUAUUGUUAGUAUUUAUUCUGAAAUGCUUUUGGUUUUCACGUUUAAUAAAUGACAACGUUUUUGGGGGCCUUUUUGGUUUUAGUGUUCAUUUGUAAUAAACCAACCAUUAAAAACAUGCGCAAUGGUUGAAACUGUUAAAAAAGGGGACAGAUUUUAUAGGGAGAUGUCUGUGGAAUAUUUUGUUUUAUGAUGGGUUUUUUGUAUAUCGUUGCUACCUUUUUUUUCCCCCAUCUCUGAAAUUUCGACAAACAUCUUGUGUAUCAGUUAGUUGUCUGUAAUAAAGAAAAUUGUCCAUAAGGACGUUCAAAUUUU